UCGUGUUUUAUCACAGUGUACUACACGGCUCAGGCUUCUUUAUUUGUUAAAUAGAAAUCUAGUACAUGUAAUUCCCAAAGUUUGUGUGUAUGGCUUGCAUUUUCCCAAAUUACUCCACUGGAAUGUUUGUUUGAGUUACAGUCUAUCUCUACCCUUUUAUAGCCACAGUAAAGUUGAUGGCUUAGCAGCUGCAAAGAAAUUAGUAGAAAAUCUUAUACAAACGGUCCAUACAGAAUACAAAGCAUUUGAGCAAACAAGGAGGCAACAUUAUGGAUAUUCACCUUACAUGAAUGCAGUUGGCAAUCCCGUCAAUAUGGGUCAGCCGUCUUCUGGGUAUCAGCCUCCAGCCUAUGGAUAUCCUCGGCCACCUCCACCUGGUAAUGGUUAUCCUCAGCCCACCCAGCCGCCAGCCACUCCACGAUACCCAUACAACCAUCCUCCUCAUGGAACACCACAACAGCCUCCACCUCCUCCAGUGCGGCAUGGUGUCCCACAUCCUUUCCCACCUCGCUAUGGUCCCCCUCCACCCCCAGUUGCCGGUUAUGGUAACCAUCCACCCCCUGUGAAUCCCACUCAUGGAGGACCAGCACCAUAUCAUGGCUUUCCUCCUGGCCCUCAACACCAGGCAGCACCUCCAAGUAGCCCACGCCCAUCUGGACCUCGUCCAGAAGUUCCUGUACAGGCCCCACCUGCUGCUCCUCUCCAGCCUCCUUCAGUAGGAAAUGAAUAUCGACCUGAAGUUCCAAGCUCAUCACCGAGUUACCAAGGGCAGUCGAAGGGAGAACCAGCGCAUGCUCAGGAGCCGCCUAAAAGAAAGUUUAAAGAAAAGAUUCCAUUUAAAGCUCCUUUCGCACAGCCGGAUCGUUUAACACCAAGAGGCUCAGGACAUCAGGACUCCUCCAUCUUAAAUCUAGGUGAAGCUGAAGCAGCCGAGGGCCAGAAACAGCCGUCACCGUUGAUGCCGCCUCCUCCAGCCCUUCCGGUCGUGAAAACUAAGCCCAAAGUUCGCGAGUUCGUAGCCCCGCUGCCUCCUAAAAGUGCCUUGCCUGCUACAGAGGCCUCCUCCCGGAGCAGACUAGCAACAGAUAAGCGAGAAGCUCCAUCUUUUUCACAACCCGCUGCUGUCACAAAGAAGCCAAAGACGGAGGAUAGCGUAGCAGUGAAGUCACCAGCCAUUGCAUCAUUAGUGGCAUACGGUGAAGGAGACUCGUCAGACGAAGAAGAGAGUCUUUCUACUGAGGAGAAACAAAGCGUGGUACAAAACAAACGUGACAGUCGACACGGGGCGACAAAACUACCAUUUUGGGCCGUGAGGUGAUAGUCUCCUUUGAAGCAAGAAUUGGGUUUCGCGGUUCGGAUUAUGGGCGUGGUGGUUGUGGGGUGGGAUCCAACUGUGCUUGAAAAACAGUUUCCGAUGAUAUCGUAUUUUCAUUAUCCCAUUGAAAAUGCAACAGCGCAAAAAUUAUUUUUUUCUAUCGUUAGACAGGUUUUGAGAGUGAGGUUUUUCUCAGGAGAAACUCUCCCAAUUGACUUCUCAACGGCGAAGUUGCAAAUGCAAUAUUGGACCACCAAGCUCUCCAAAUCACUUUAGAAUUAAUUCUCCACUUUCUGACUUCUCAAUAAUGGCCUUUUUGUUCUCAAAUGUCUCAUAAAUAAUCUUUUUCACAAUGGCCUACCCCCGAGCAAUUCAAAGUGUUCGCCUCUGACGGUGCCCUUGGUGAUUCUAAGCUCAAGAAUCCAGUCUUGACUAGUGUCGCUUUUGCAUACUGACGUUUCAAGCCUGAGUGUUUUAGAACAGGCUUGACAAUGGCAACAUCGGUCGUUUAAAACCUUAAACGACGGCGGCAACAAGGCAAUCCACCGGUUUCCAAAUUUUUACUUGGCUCCAAGUCUCAGGGAACACAACAAAAGAAAAUUUAUAAUUAAUUAUUUGUGUUUUGGCCUUCAUGUACAGUGGAAUCGCAUUUUUUCAAACCUCCAAAGGAAACGAAAAUUGGUUCAAGUUAGUUACCUAAGUUAGAUGUUUAACAAUUGUAACUUGGCUUCGAAUUCAAAACUUGGUGUUAUUUCUCACUCAAGCGAACAAUUGACUUCCAAUCAUUUCAUGCUAAACCGUGGAUUUAACGUGUGUUUAACUAUUCCCAUCUUCUGGUACUGGUGAUCUAACCCAGGCCCUCCGUCGUGGAGAACACCAGCGAAGGUGAGCCAAAAAAUGAGAGAGGUCUGGGGAAGAUUGUUUAGUUCAUUCUUCCCCAGUCCACUCUCUUUUUCACACGCCCAGUUUCUCUCGGUUCUCUUACCGUUUGGACAAACUAUAACGAGCAACCAAUAAUGUUUUAGUCUCUCACCGUCUUUGUCCCGUGAGUAAACUGGGUGAUAAGUCGUAUGAUUCAUUGCAGUAAACUAUUGUGUCUAUAAAAUGCAAACUUCUGAAUACCGUAUCAAAAUACAGCGCGCCAUUUUACGCCGGCGCGGAGUGCUGAGGUGAAAGGAACAGGAGUGUGUGUGCGCGAGGGUGUUGUGUGUUGUUUAUGAAAAACUUUUAUAAUUUGCGCGUAAUAGGAUUGAUAGCUAUGGAGUAUUCAAUACUGAUGAAGGUCACAAGAGAUAUAAACAAAUGAGCCACAG